AUGGCCACCAUUUGCCUAUGGAAUCCUAAAGGCAUCGCAUCCAUCACGGAUGAAAGCAGUCGUGCUGAGAUGGCGCGAGUGCGCUCUUCCGAGUACUAG